GGAAUGGAGCAAAUUUCAUCCAUUGGGCUUCAGAUUGACGCUCCCCAGUCCGGACGUCUGUGGAGGCGGCGCGACGGGACUUGGGCGGAGGUUUUCGGGCGAGCAACGGCCAACGACGACGCCAUUGCACUAGGUCAGACGGACGGCUUCUCAACUAGCCUACACAGGUUAUGGGCUGGCGACUUUGCUCUGGCGAAGGCAUGGCUGUGUGGCGAGCGGAGGCGUGGUUGUAGGUCGGACGGCAGCGACACUGUACAUCAGACGGCGGCGGCGCUGUUGAUCGGAUGUCGGCGGCGUUGUACAUCAGACGGCAGCAUUGGUGGAGAUCUGUACACUGGGAUGUGGCUAUAAGAUUUGGGAUUAAAAGCUUUUGGGUUUUUAGGCUUUUAUAAUAAUAGUCUAGGGGCAUAUUAGUCAAUAGUCAUAAUAAAUAAUUUAUUUAAUCAUACUCCACCAAUCUGUACACAGGGAUGCCAUCAUACUCCCUACACCUUUCUCUCUGACAAUACUAUUCCGUUUUUUCAGUUUCUUUCUCAAAUUUACUCUACCUGUAGUGAAAAUUGGGGCAUUAAUGGAGCUCUGCUGUCUCAAUCGUCCAUCUCCAUCUGCUCUUCACUUCUCUUCUCCUCUUCACCCGGAUGCCGGCUCCAAUUCAACCGGCACCGACAAACGCCUCCUGUGAUUUCUCUGCCUUCUCUUAUCUUCUUUGGCCGAAUGUCCGCCCCAAAAUAAGGCUAACACUCACUAUUCCCGCUGUCAGCCUAAUUUCCUUUUGUUUUCUGAUUAGGUUAUAUAACUUAUUCCAAAUCAGUUUUGUGGUAUCGGUCUCACUCACACAUCGUAAAUACAAAUGAGAAGUUUAUAUGGUACUGGGGGUAACUAUCUUUUUCCAAUCUGAGAGCAAACAAACAUUUACACAUACACUUUCAAACGUGAUAGAGGAAACAUGUGAAUGUAUUUGCUCCCAGGCGUUUCUCUCUUUUCUUUCCUGAUAUUCUUCCAUUUUUUCAAUUUCUUUUUCAAUUUGAUGUUAGCUGCAGUGAAAAAAAUGAUUGCUUAUUCUUUAACUGGAUCUUUAAGUCCACUUACUUUUCACAAAAAGUCAAUUGAGUCCAUGUAUAUUUUUGUGAGUCAAUUAAGUCCAUCAAGUAUAAAAAAAACAAUCAAAUAAGCUUAUUCAUAGGUAAUAAACCGGUUACCCGGUUAACUCCUACGUGGCUGUCCUAGUUGGCGUUUUUUUUUACUGUUUUCUAUUUUUUUAAGUUUCUUUUCUUGUUCUUUUUCCUUUUUCCUUUUUUCUUUUCCCUCUUCCUUUUUUCCCUUUCUUUCUCGUUCUUCCUUGUCCGCUGUUUUCUGUCUUUACCCGUCCCCUGCUCCUUUUUGUCUACUUCUUCCAACCUCCGGCCACCACUUUCAUCUCCUCCAUUGGAGCGGUGCUCCGACCUCCAUAACCACCAUCUCCGUGUGCGGCCUCCACCUCCGCCGCCCUACUUCCCACCACACCGCCUUUGGCCACCACAUCUGCGGCCUCCGCCUCCGGCCACCACAUCUGCGGCCUCCACCUCCUCCUCAUCCAUUAUGGUGACCUCCAACCGUCCCCACAUCCAUAGCCACCCACCUCCGCAUGCGGCCUCCACCUCCUCCGCCCCAACCUCCAUACAAAUACCUUCGACCACCACCUUUGCGUCAUCUAUCUCCGCCUCUUCGAUUGGAAUGACCUCCAAUCACCCCGACCUUCAUCGAUCUUCGCCGCCACAUCCAUUGGAUCAACCUCCAAUCGUCCGCCCUUCGUCUCCGCCGCCCCUGCCUCUAUAAGUACAGGAUCCGCCGUCUCUUCACUACAAAAAAACACGGAGUUAGUCACGGAUUUAGUCACGGAUCAUAGUGUAAAAAAUCCGUGACUAACUCCUUUAGUCACGGACUUUGUCACGGCCAAAAUCCGAGACUUCUCAGGCGUGACUAACUUUAGUCACGGACCAUUAUCCGUGACUACGUGUAGUCACGGACUAGUUGAUCGGUGUAUUUUUUUAGUGAGUUAAAACGUAGUUGGCUAAUCCGAAGAAUAACCAGACCACGAGUAUCGUCUCUCAAGGAGUGGCAAAAAGGAAGUUUUAAAUACAGUCCGUGAUCACAGGCUAGCACAAGUCAUGGUAAUCUUUCCAAAUAAUUAUUUUUGGGUGAUAAAAUAAAAUAAAAAAACUAACUAACAACGAGUGCAAAAAUAAGUAGAGGAAGAAAAAUUAAAUUAAAUUGAUUCUAGAUAGUAAAACAGGGUUCAAAUUGGAUGGUUCGGGUUCUGGGUGUUUUUUCGGGAUUGGAAUUAAGUAAAUUAACUUUCAAUUAUUCCUGGAAAGAAAAUGAAAUAAAUUCUCAUAGACAAGAUUUAAAUCAAUAUUUCACAAUCCUAACUUAUUUCUAAGGUCAGAUUGCUUGUAUAAGACCUGAGCUAAUUUAACUCAAUUUCUCAUAGACAAGAAUUGAAUUAAAUCCAGAAAUUCAUAUAUGAGGUGAUCAAAUUCAUAUAGACAAUUAUGAUUAAUCUUAUACAAUUAUCCAGAAAAUUAAUUGAUAAAAAAAACUAAAUUCACACCCUCAAAAACCCAUGAACCCUAGCCCCAAUUCAAACCCUAUAUGAAAUUAGCUAUUCAUGAUUAAAAUUAACAUCACAAUAAACAUAUGUGGAGCUAGAAACAAAAAACUGGAUUACGAGUAUUUAAUAGUAAAAAAAACUGAAAUUACUAGAUGGAGACUACCAAUUCAAAAUUCAAUCCAAAACAGAAAACAAGUAAUGUAAAAUAUGCAGGAACUUACAAUCAUUACUUAGAAUGUAAAUUGAAUUGAAAGAAUUGAGGGAAAAUGACGUUUAGGCAUUCCUGGUCUCUUGCUUUCUGCUGCGGCUGAUUGUCAAAGAAAAGGAAGAAAAGUUGCUUCUUGGUCUCUAACUUCUGCUUGCUGCGAUUGGUUCAGAAACAAACAGAAAGAAUUCCUUCCCUGCGGCUGCUUGUAACUAAAAUGAACAGAGAAGAAAACCUGGUGCAGCUAAUCUGGUGUGCUUCGAAUGAAUAGAAUUGAUCUGCGGCAAGGUGAGCAGGAAGGAAAAAAAAACGAAGUCCUCAGCUGGGGUUAAUUUUUGAAGUGAAAAGAAUGGAUGAACCUCCUUGGUUUGGGCUGCUUUUCUCUCUUUUUGGACUGCUGAAAGUUGCUGCAGUUUUUUUUUCUCUUUGGGCUGUUUGCCAAAUAAAUCUUAACAAGAUGUCAAAAUGCCCGAUCCAAAUAAAAUGUGUUAUUCACAACAAAUUCGGCCUAUAAAAUCACAACUCACCACAACCGCUAAUCAUAUGCAUUUUUACAAUCAAAUUACUCCAAAAAUAUCAAAUUGUGUGGAAAACUACUAAACUGAAAAUGAAUGCCACCGGGACCGAAAAAUAACAAAUUUUCAUUCAAAACCCCCAAUAGUCACCCGAUUAAUUAUAAAAAUUAGACAAUUAACACCCAAAAUAUGGGUGAAAAGAUAGGAACGGAACGAGCCUAUCAAAUCUCCCCACACUUGAGCGUUGCUUGCCCCCAAGCAACAGUGCAUUAAACCCACGGAAAACCAAAUAAUCACAUGUAAUACCUGGUUCAAAAAUCAUUCACACCCAAAACAAAUGGUUGCACAAGGUCUUUUCUUUCUUAACAACGAAACCAAGAUUCACAUGUUAAACAACAUUUUCAAAAGUAAAAUCCCUCUCCAACCGACUAAAAUGUAAAGAAAAGCAUGAUGGUCCCAACGGUGUAGGUGUGUGAAAUUCAAACCACCAAUCAUUCCAAAAACCCAAGAGUUGUGUGAUAAAACUGGUAUACUCGUGAUUCUUUUUUUUUUUAAUAUAUAAAGUUGACCAGGUUCUGGAUUGCAGGACUGAUUCAAGCUCUAGGGCCUGGGAGUUUAUCUCAUUACUGUGUACUCAACUCUCACACAAGGUGAUUCGCGAGAUGAGCAGAGCCCCAUUUCGGGGAUGAAAUUCUCGACACACGAAGUGUAACCCCAUUACAAGAAUCAGUUGCCUACUUAGCAUGAAGUUAUCCCGAUAUGCUUAGAAAGCAGAGCUCCUUACGGAGUAAGGAUUUUCAACACCUGGCCAGUCAAGGAAUUAUUAGUGCGAACUAGUGAAUCACGAGUAAAAACCGAAUUUAAUCAACACAAAUCAAACCAUCCAACAUGCCAACAUUUCCCAAGAAUAUACACACCACUCCGAUGAUUACACCAUUACUAAUUCAUUCCAAGAAAGAUGGAGGAGAUGGAAGAUUACAAAAGAAAAUAAAGAUUAACAAGUUACCUCUGUUGCGUUGCUAAACCAGAAAAAUCCUCGUGCACUCCAAAAUGUUUUUGGGCAGAAUAACUUCAUCACCAAAUGUCAUGUCCAAGCUAAAACCAAACCUCCCCACACUUAGGGGUGACAUCGCCCUCGAGGUCAAAGAAAAGAUUAAUACAGAAAUAAUAGGGGCAAGUUAAGAAUAAAAUGAUUUUCAUCCCGGCAGCACAUCAUAGUCACAAUAAUAACAAUCAACACAAAUCAACAAAGGAGUAAUAUGAGAGUAAACACACAUUCUUAGCAGUGUAGUAAGAGUUGGCAGAUUACCGUACAAGCCAAACGUUGAUGAAUACACUCCAAAAUAACUUCAAAUCUCUGCAUCAAAUAGCUCCUCGAUUGCUUACAUGCCGCUGAAUCCUGCACACAGUUUGCCCCGUAAUGCUACUUGAAGUCCUUCAAUCUUGAGAGUAAGUGUAGUAACAGCUGCCAUGUCCAGGAACUGCGCAUUCUGAUGACUUGAUGAAUACUGAGGCUGACUAGUUCAUUCAUGGGAGAAGAGAACAGGUCAAGGUAAUGACCCACGACCUAACUUGAUGUGUGAACUGCUGCCUGGUGGAUUAGCUCGCGUUCUGGCUACUACCAUGGAGGUUUACUCCUCAUGAUGAAGUGGAGUCCCUAAUGUUAAGUCAGCCUGGUCCAGUGUCUGCUCAAGCUAAAAGAAGCAUGAAACUAUGCCUCCUACGUAGCAUUAAUUCCCAGAAUAUACCCUGCUCAAAGCUUGUUUUUCUUGGAAACAGAAGUUGAUGUGAAGUCGUCCGCACCUACACCCAGUUAAAGAACCAAGUGUCAACAUGAAUCUGCCAGCAAAGUCUUGUACCAGCAAAGGGGAUUAUACUGUCAAUCAGCUGAUUUAGUCCUCAUAUUCAGCAUAUGGUGCCAUCCGAAAACUGCAUCAAUUAGUUAAUAUCUGCCAGCGACCCCAUUUCCUGAGCAAGUGUAAGUCUAGCAUUCGAAUCCAGCUCAUAUAUCGCUCCUGGGGCUGCUAUGAAGUGAACUGCAGUUAGUAGCCCUGAGGAGCCCCUCUACACAUGCCUGCGCUUCUUCUAAUCCACAAUCAGUCCAUGGUGUCCCUUCCAUAUCUGCAACUCAAGAAAAGAAAUGUACCCGCACAACCACACGAUGACAACAACAAAAAAUGCAUAAAAAAUUAAUUCCUAAUUCUAUUUUUUUUUCUUUUCUUUUUCUUUUUUUUCUUUUUUUUUUUUGGGGUGGGUUGCCUCCCAGAAGCGCUUCUUUAACGUCACUAGCUUGACGACAGAUCAUGCUUAGCCGCUAAUCUCCUUAAGAUAAAGAACCUCCCUUUCAGUGCUCACUUUCUCACCAUAAUAGAGCUUCAAUUGAUGACCAUUAACCUUAAAGUUUCCCUUUUCAGGAUCAUGCAACUCAAUGGUGCCAUACGGAUAGGUCUCAGUCACUAUAAAUGGCCCUGACCAUCUGGAACGCAGUUUCCCAGGGAACAACUUCAACCUAGAAUUAUACAGCAGCACCUGAUCUCCAACUCUAAACUCGCGGGAUUGCUUGAUGUGCCUAUCAUGAUAUUGCUUCACUCGCUCCUUAUACAAAUGGUUGUUGUGGAAGGCCAUAGCACGCCACUCUUCAAGCUCAUUCAGCUGAUAAAAUCUCUCCUUUCCAGCCCCUUCAAGGUCAAAUACAACAUUCUUCAGAGCCCAAAAUGCCUUAUGCUCGACCUCCACUGGAAGAUGGCAUGAUUUUCCAUAAACCAACCUGAAUGGUGUGGCGCCAACAGGAGUUUUAUAUGCUGUUCGAAUAGCCCACAAAGCAUCAUCAAGCUUUUCAGCCCAGUCCUUUCUUGACCGACCAACUGUCUUUUCCAAUACUGCCUUGAUUUCUCUAUUUGAAUUUUCAACCUGGCCCUGAGACUGGGGAUGGUAGGCCACUCUGCUUCUGUGCUGAACACCAUAUCGCUGAAGGAUACGGGCCAUAGGGUCACUUCUGAAAUGGCUGCCCCUAUCACUGAUCAAGAUUCUAGGAACACCAAAUCGUGCAAAUAACUUCUUUAAGAAUCGGACAACCACCUUUGUGUCAUUCGUGGAACAUGCUUGGGCCUCCACCCACUUGGACACAUAAUCAACAGCAACUAUUAUGAACUUGUUCCCUUUCGAACUCGGGAAAGGGCCCAUGAAAUCAAUUCCCCACACAUCGAACACUUCGCAUGGCAAAAUAUAGUGUUGUGGCAUCUCAUCCCUCCGGGAUAUGUUCCCAGUCCUCUGGCACUGAUCACAAGCUGAAGCAUAAGUAUGAGCAUCCUUAAAAAUGGUGGGCCAAUAGAAUCCACAAUCAAGAACUUUCCUGGCAGUCCUCUCUCCUGAGAAGUGACCUCCUGUGGGUCCAGUAUGACAAUGCAUUAGAAUGUCCUUUCCUUCUUGUUCAGGUACACAUCUUCUCACAACUUGGUCAGCACAAAUUUUGAAUAGGUAUGGAUCAUCCCAGAAGUAAUGCUUGGCUUCAGACUUCAAUCUCUUAAUCAUGUGGCGAGACAUCCCGGCAGGUUCAACCUUGCCCACAAGAAAGUUAGCAAGAUCUGCAUACCAAGGCAUCUUUGAACCGUGUUGAAUGGCUAGAAGCCUCUCAUCUGGAAAAGUCUCUUCAAGCUCAAACUUUUUGAAUGUCUCCACCACUUCAGUCUCUAGUCUAGAUAGAUGAUCUGCUGCUUGGUUAGCGGUCCCCUUUCGGUCCUUGAUCUCCACAUAGAAUUCCUGCAACAAAAGAAUCCAGCGGAGAAGCCUAGGCCUUGCAUCAUUCUUCUGAAGUAAAUACCUCAAAGCCGCAUGGUCAGUGAAGACAAUUACCUUAGAAAGAAUGAUGUAGGGUCUAAAUUUCUCCAAAGCAAACACAAUAGCCAAAAACUCUUUUUCAGUAGUGGUAUAAUUGAGCUGAGGCCCCGCUAAAGUCUUACUGGCAUAGUAGAUAGGGCGAAAGUGCUUAUCCUUGGUUUGACCCAGGAUAGCCCCAACCACUUGAUCGCUAGCAUCACACAUUAUCUCGAAAGGUAAAGACCAAUCGGGUGUAGCAAGAAUGGGAGCCUCAGUCAAUUUCCUUUUCAAAGUAUCAAAAGCAACAACACAAUCAGGUGAAAAAUCAAAAGGUACAUCUUUCCCUAAAAGAUUAGUCAAAGGUCGGGCAAUCUUAGAGAAAUCCUGUAUGAACCGGCGGUAAAAGCCAGCGUGCCCAAGAAAGCUACGAAUGGCUUUUACUGUGGUUGGAUACGGAAGUUUCUCUAUUGCCGCAACCUUCGCCUUAUCAACCUCAAUUCCCUUUUCAGAAACCUUAUGCCCUAAAACAAUACCCUCCCUGACCAUAAAGUGGCAUUUCUCCCAACUUAAGGCCAAGUGGGUCUCCUCACAUCUAGCAAGCACCCUGUCAAGGUUAGCUAAGCAAGAGUCAAAAGUAUCACCGAACACAGAAAAAUCAUCCAUAAAUACUUCCAUGAAAUCUCCAAUAAACCUGUCAAAAAUGGCUAGCAUACAACGCAUAAAUGUAGCAGGAGCAUUACACAAACCGAAGGGCAUCCUACGGAAAGCAAAAGUGCCAAAGGGACAAGUAAAGGUGGUCUUCUCCUGAUCUCUAGGGUCUACAUGAAUCUGAAAGUACCCACUCAUCCCAUCUAAGAAACAAUAAUACCGUGCCCUGCUAAAUUCUCAACUAACUGAUCAAUAAAUGGCAAAGGGAAGUGGUCUUUCCGGGUGGCAUCAUUUAGUUUUCGGUAAUCAAUCACCAUCCGCCACCCUGACACAAUGCGAGUAGGUAUUAACUCCCCUUUGUCAUUCUCAACAGCAGUCAUUCCCCCUUUCUUAGGGACCAUAUGAAUAGGACUCACCCAACUACUAUCAGAAAUUGGGUAUAUAAUGUCUGCAUCUAAAAGCCUCAAAAUCUCGGUUCUCACAACCUCCAUCAAAUUAGGGUUCAACCUGCGCAGUGGUUGCACUGUCGGGCUGAACCCUUCCUCAAUGCUAAUCCUAUGUGUGCAAAAGGUAGGAUCGAUCCCCUUAAUAUCCCCUAGCGUGCGGGCAAUGACCCCUUCACGCCGCCUAAGCAAGGUGAUAACCGCUUUCGCGGCGUUGUAGUAAAACGGAGUCUAACCUUUCGGUUUUCCCCCGAGUAUCGUGUCUCUCGAGGAAUGGCGGAGGAGCUUCUUGAUUUCAAGUCCAGUCACAGGUUAUCGCAAAUUAUUGGAAGCUUUCCAAAUUAAAACUUUUGAUUGAUUUUCUAAACUACUUUUUGGAAAAGAAAGUAAAUUAAAUUGUGCAAAUACUAAUGAUGGCUCAAAAAUAGACUAAAGGAAAAAAAUAUAAUAUUAAACUUAAAUGGAUUGAUGCAAAUAAGGGCAAUGAAUUGAGUAAUUAGAAAUGGAUAUAUUCUUGGACCUAAUAAUUAGGGAAAUUAAAACUAAAAGUGGACUAAUAAUUUCUUUCCUCAUAGACAAGAAUAGAAACUAUUUUCAUUAAUUUAUCCUAUUUCUAGGUGUCAUUAAUGUGUUCAAAAUGGUUGGCUUGAAUUAAAUUCUAACCUCAUAGACAAGGUAGAAAUAAUUCUCCAAUAUUUUAAUUAAUAAAAAUAGCCAAAUUCAUUAACUAGUUAAACUCAUUAUUUAAGCAAUUGAAUUUAUCUCUCAUAGACAAGAUGUAGAUCCCUUUCAUUAAAUUAUCCUAUUUCUAGGCCUUAUUAAUGUGCUCGAAUAUGGUUGGCUUAAAUUAUUUUCUAAUCUCAUAGACAAGUUAGAGAUAAUUUUCCAAGAAUUUAAUUAAUGAAUAUGGCUAACAAUUAUUAAUUACUAUUUCAUCAUUUCAAACAACUAGUCCCCAUUAUUAAUUUUAAUCCCUAAUUUUUUGGUCAACAAGUCAAUCCAUAUUCCUUUAGUCAAUUCAUGCCCAAAACAAAUUUAGCUAAUAAAGAUCAUUUUAACAACUAACAAUAUAAUGAAUAUAUUCAACAUUAACAAGGAAUUAAACAUGGAUGAUAGCAAAACUUAUAUUCUGGAACAAUAAACUUUUAGAAACUGAAGUAUAACUUUCUGGAAUUUUUCACGAAUUUUUGAACCUAAAAUCCAAUUUUAACAACUAAUUGAUAAUUUUCCCAAAUUUAACUAGAAAAUGCAAAAAGCAACUAAAAUUAUUUUAAAUUCGUUCUAAAUUUUAUAUUGACUACUGGGAGUGAUAUUACUGUGAAUUAAACUAGAAUUAGGACAGAAACUAAUUUUUUUUCCUUUUUGAGUAUUUAAUUUAAUUUAUGCAAUAAUAACAACUAAAUGCCGGAAUUAAUUAAAAUUUACUUCUACUUCGUAAAAAUUAACUUUGUUUUGAUAAAUAACUACCUUGAGGCUAGUAAGCAACUAUAUAAUUAAUUGGAAUGGAUUUAAUGUCAACAACUAUUUUACUCAAAUUUAAGAAGAAAAAUGCGAAAUAGUGGAAUAAUUUUCUGAAAAUUUUAGAAGCACAGAUAGAAAAAACCAAGUACAGAUUCAGAUUCUACUCAUUGAAAGGAUGAAAAUACAUAUAAAGGACUCACAAUUUGGAGCUAAAAUGAGAAAGAUAUGAAAGAUUGAAGUUGAAGGUGCAACAAUGGUGGAAAUCCGAGCUUUGAGGAGGAAGAAGACGCCCUUUUUGAUCUGAUUUGGGCUUGAAAUUGGUGUGUUUGAGAUGGGGAAAAAGCCUGCUAUUUAUAGCAGAAAUUUCACCGAAGGCGCCCAAGAAGGCGGCCGCCUUCCGUCGGAAUCUGGCCGCCUUCCGUAGGCGGCCAACCAGGCGGCCGCCUUUGGUCUCAUUUUGGCCGCCUUCCGUCCCGUCGCCGACAGCGGAUCGUGGCCGGUCCCGUUAGCCGUAGGCGGCCACAGAGGGCGGCCGCCUUCCGUCACAAAUGGCCGCCUGCCGUCUUUUCGUUGGCAGAUCGGAUCCCGGCGGAUCCCGGCGGAUCCUGGCCGCCGCAGGCGGUCCAACAGGCGGCCGCCUGCCGUCCUGUCUGGCCGCCUGCCGUCCUGUCUGGCCGACCGGUGGUUGGUUUUGUCCCCUUGUGCCGCAGGCGGCCACCGUAGGCGGCCGCCUUCUGCCCAGUGUCGGCAGCCUUCGGUCUUUUCCUGGUCCCGAGUCAAAGCGAGGUUGACUUCUGAUUUUUCCCGUAGGCGGCCGCGAAGGCCUCCAUUUUGGGCGCCUAUUUGGGCGCCUUCUGCCACUUUUGUCUGGCAGAUGCGGCUUUUCCUGCUCUUCAUUUUUGUCUUCUGAAUCACCUUGAUAAAAUGCUUGCUUCUUCCGGUAUAAAUGUAUUUGUCACUCAAAUUGACUCAUUUUGUGCUCAAUUGACCCGAAAUCCCGCUAAACAUAUUAUGGAUGUGAUUUUUACCUAAUUUCAUGAAACUUGAACCAAAAUAUAUAAAAUGUGUCUUUUCUUUCUAUUUUCAUUCAAAAAUCGCUUAAAUUUGAUAAGAAAAAUAAGUACAAAAAUGGACUUAUCACAAGGACACAACCUUAUCUUUUUCAUCUCUCUCUAAAUCAGAAGCAAUGAUAAUGGGGUGUUUGCCCUCAUCAUCCAAUGAAGCGUACUGUAGGUGUUCUGGGAGCCUUUUGAGCUCAGAAAACUGCUCAGAUGAGGGUGUAUCAACAACAAUAUUACCUAUAACCUCUUCAGAGGCUUCUCCUAGCAAAUCAUCAACAUAGCAUUUAAGUUCAUGAGAUAACAUUUCAUCAUCACACAUACCCACAUUUAAGACCUCACCACAUGCAGUAUCAUCAGAACAAUUACUCUCACCCUGGCCCCCAAAUAAAUAAUCCUCAAUACACUCAUACAUAUGAAGAAAAUUACAGCUCUCAGUUUGUGCCUCGGGGUGGUUCAUAACUUCUGAGAGUCGAAAAGUACAAGUGUCCUCUCCAAUUCUCAGAAUCAGUGAACCAUCAGACACAUCAAUAAUAGCACGGGCAGUGGCCAAGAAUGGCCGCCCCAAAAUAAGAGGGGUUCCACGAUCCUCCUCUAUAUCCAUAACGACAAAAUCUACAGGAAAAAUAAACUCACCAACCCUGACUAGGACAUCCUCAAUAAUACCACUUGGGUACUUAAUAGAGCGAUCAGCUAAUUGAAGACACAUCCUAGUGGGUUUCAUUCCACCCAGUCCCAACUUAUCAACAAGAGAAGCCGGCAUCAAGUUGAUGCUGGCUCCUAGAUCAGCUAGUGCAUUUUUAAAAACAUAAUCAUGAAUAGAACAAGGUAUAAUGAAAGAACCUGGAUCCUUGAGCUUUUCCGGCAUCAUCUUUGUCACCACAGCUGAGCACUCUGCAUUUAGGUCAACCACAGAGUACUCCUCUAGCCUCUUUUUGUUGGUGAUUAAGUCCUUCAAGAACCUUGCAUAUUUAGGCAUCUCCGCAAGUACUUCUGUGAGUGGCAUCUCCACAUGUAGUUUGCUAAUCAUCUCCAUAAACUUGUAUUCUCUCUUGCGGUCCUCGCCCUUCUUGACACGAGCAGGGAAUGGAACAACUGGUGCAUUAGCCCUCUUGGCCUCUUGUUGAAGUGUAUUCGGCUCGAUGAUUGCCUUGCCCUCUCUCUGUCCUAGCUGUUCAGAAUUGAACUCUAGUUCAUCUUCAGAUUGUCUUUGAAUAGGUUUUGGGACAUUGACUGGCUCUGCACUCUUUCCUGGACAGCUAGGAACAUUCUUGGCUUGGCUCUUCUUCGCAUCCACCAUUGGUUCAGGAACUUGCUUCCCGCUGCGCAGAUUUAUUGCAUUCACAUGCUCUCUUGGGUUUGGCUCUGUAGUGCUGGGAAGGUUUCCAGACUGUCUCCCCGAAGGACCUCCAAAGAAUCUGUUCUCUAGUUCCCGCAUACGCUGCUCAUGUUGCAGCUCAAGGUUCCUCAACCGCUGCUCCAUCAAUAUCUUUUCCUCUCUUGCCCUUUUAUCUCUUAAUUCAUUUUCUUCUCUAGCCCGUGUCAGCUCUGCAAGCACCAAAUCUAGUUGGGAAUGAGCUGAAUUAUCUUGUUGUCUGAUAUGUGGGGGCACAUAAGGCUGGUUGCUGCCACUUCCUUGGCCUCGUUGGUACCCACCUUGGCGGUUAUUAUCUCUCCACUGGUUUGCACCACUCUGAAAAUUAUUCCUCUGGUUGUUGUAGCCAGCAAAGUUACCCCGGUUUCCUUGGUAUUGAGGUGCUAGUGGACCCUCUCCUUUCUUAGCAUACUCCAUAAGAUUUACUUCUUGAGGUGAAAUGGGCUCUUCAAAGAAUUGAGGACAUGAAUUGGUCAGGUGGGCUCCGAAACAAUGAUCACACGAAAGCACCAUGUCUCUCACUGGAUUCUGGUUUGGCAUUGGUCGAACACUCCUCUGGUUCAUCCCCUGGCCACCUUGGUAUUGGUUCUGCGCCUGAGCUUCAUAGAGUUUCUCAAACUUUAGGACAAGAGCAUCCAGUUUUGCGGCAGCAGCUGUACUAGAAUCAACCUCAUAUAAUCCUGCCUUCUGUGGCGCUCUUUCACUUCGCUCAUCAUACCAGUACCUCUCAUUUGAGGUAAUAGUCUCUAUCAGUUCUUCACCUUCUCCUGAUGUUAGCCUUAGGAUUGAACCUGUUUUAGAAGAGUAAUCCAACUCCUUUUUGCUCUCAAUGGACAGCCCAUUGUAGAAGUGAAAUAUGGUGUCCAUGCUCUCCAUGAUGUUGGAUGGACAGUUAAUUCGGAGCUCCUUGUACCGCUCCCAUGCCUUACUCAAUGUCUCGCUCCUCCCUUGUCUAAAGUUCUGGAGAGCUGCCUUGGCUUUGAUUCCUGCGGAUGCUGGGCAGUACUGUUUCAUGAAAGCUUGGUAUAAUUCAUCCCAGGUGGCAAAAGUGUGGCUAUCGAGCCAGUGUUGCGCCUUGUCCCUUAGAGUGAAUGGGAACAAAAGUAGUUUGUUAGCUGCUUCAGAAACUCCAUUGAUUCGGGAAGUCCGACAGAGACGGUUGAACCAACGCAUAUGUGUCUGGGCGUCUUCAUGUCUCAUCCCUCCGGACUGGUUACUCUGGGCUAGAUUGAUUAAUCCGGGAGAUAGUUGGUAAUUUGCAGCUUCAAUGCCCGACAUGGUUAUUCCAUCAACCUCUGCAAAUUGCGGAGUAAUUUGUUCAUACAUUGUCCUCCUUGCGGGCUGUUGUUCUCCGGCCAUGUUUCUUGACCUUCCUUUUCUUCUUCUCAAAAUACUCUCGGGUUUGGAUUCAAUGGGAUCAAGCCUUCAGUUCCCCGAGCACGUGUGUGCAUACACCGGUUCCUGCAGCUUAGUUCACGUGCAAAAAAAAUACCAAAAACAACAAACAAAUAACAGGAAAAAAAAUAGAAAGUCUCACCGACUUGCUUUUACCUAUUCCACAGAAAAGUACUUAACAAACAACCGUGCCACUCCCCGGCAACGGCUCCAUUUGAUCGGUGUAUUUUUUUAGUGAGUUAAAACGUAGUUGGCUAAUCCGAAGAAUAACCAGACCACGAGUAUCGUCUCUCAAGGAGUGGCAAAAAGGAAGUUUUAAAUACAGUCCGUGAUCACAGGCUAGCACAAGUCAUGGUAAUCUUUCCAAAUAAUUAUUUUUGGGUGAUAAAAUAAAAUAAAAAAACUAACUAACAACGAGUGCAAAAAUAAGUAGAGGAAGAAAAAUUAAAUUAAAUUGAUUCUAGAUAGUAAAACAGGGUUCAAAUUGGAUGGUUCGGGUUCUGGGUGUUUUUUCGGGAUUGGAAUUAAGUAAAUUAACUUUCAAUUAUUCCUGGAAAGAAAAUGAAAUAAAUUCUCAUAGACAAGAUUUAAAUCAAUAUUUCACAAUCCUAACUUAUUUCUAAGGUCAGAUUGCUUGUAUAAGACCUGAGCUAAUUUAACUCAAUUUCUCAUAGACAAGAAUUGAAUUAAAUCCAGAAAUUCAUAUAUGAGGUGAUCAAAUUCAUAUAGACAAUUAUGAUUAAUCUUAUACAAUUAUCCAGAAAAUUAAUUGAUAAAAAAAACUAAAUUCACACCCUCAAGAACCCAUGAACCCUAGCCCCAAUUCAAACCCUAUAUGAAAUUAGCUAUUCAUGAUUAAAAUUAACAUCACAAUAAACAUAUGUGGAGCUAGAAACAAAAAACUGGAUUACGAGUAUUUAAUAGUAAAAAAAAACUGAAAUUACUAGAUGGAGACUACCAAUUCAAAAUUCAAUCCAAAACAGAAAACAAGUAAUGUAAAAUAUGCAGGAACUUACAAUCAUUACUUAGAAUGUAAAUUGAAUUGAAAGAAUUGAGGGAAAAUGACGUUUAGGCAUUCCUGGUCUCUUGCUUUCUGCUGCGGCUGAUUGUCAAAGAAAAGGAAGAAAAGUUGCUUCUUGGUCUCUAACUUCUGCUUGCUGCGAUUGGUUCAGAAACAAACAGAAAGAAUUCCUUCCCUGCGGCUGCUUGUAACUAAAAUGAACAGAGAAGAAAACCUGGUGCAGCUAAUCUGGUGUGCUUCGAAUGAAUAGAAUUGAUCUGCGGCAAGGUGAGCAGGAAGGGAAAAAAAAUGAAGUCCUCAGCUGGGGUUAAUUUUUGAAGUGAAAAGAAUGGAUGAACCUCCUUGGUUUGGGCUGCUUUUCUCUCUUUUUGGACUGCUGAAAGUUGCUGCAGUUUUUUUUUCCUCUUUGGGCUGUUUGCCAAAUAAAUCUUAACAAGAUGUCAAAAUGCCCGAUCCAAAUAAAAUGUGUUAUUCACAACAAAUUCGGCCUAUAAAAUCACAACUCACCACAACCGCUAAUCAUAUGCAUUUUUACAAUCAAAUUACUCCAAAAAUAUCAAAUUGUGUGGAAAACUACUAAACUGAAAAUGAAUGCCACCGGGAC